AUGGCUGGAAUAUUCGGAGGGCCUUCUCUCAAGCGGACGUACUCAGGGGUCUUGAUUCCAAAAGGUUGGAAAGUUUUGCCUUUGUUUCGGAUCAUUCAUCACAAUCCAAAUUUCUUCAUAGAUCCAGAAAAAUUUAAUCCUUCAAGAUUUGAGGUUGCACAGAAACCCAAUACAUUUGUGCCAUUUGGCAAUGGAGUACAUUCAUGUCCAGGGAAUGAAGUUGCCAAGCUAGAAAUUCUUGUUUUCAUCCAUCAUCUUGUCAACAAAUUCAGGUGGGAAGUAGUAGAUCCAAAGAAUGGUGUGGAGUAUGAUCCAUUUCCAGUCCCAAAGAAGGGUCUCCCUGCCAAGUUUCUCAAAGACUCCUGA